GAAUAUUCGGAGCACAGGUGUCGGGCUUUUCAAUUUCCAAGCCUCGACUUGGAAUCUACCUACGCAGUUGUUGUGCCAACCAUGCAAUUCGCUGUAUCAAUGCCCAUCUGUGCGUUUAUUACAUCAUGAUAUGGACCCAUUUCACAAUCACAUCUCUCUCUCUCUCUCUCUCUCUCUAUCACCUACUCUAUCUAGUCAAUUGGUUGUUUAAUCCCCAAAAUUUUCUCACCUUUUCUUGCCCUUUUCAGUCUUUCUUUCUUCACUCAAAUUAUACUAAAUGGUCUGUCAAAACCCAUAAUUUUAUACCCUUAAUCAUUGUUUUACAGUAACUCUUUUGCUAGUCUUCUUGAUUACAUGUUACUCCAAAACCCAACAAAGAGUGAAGCUUCUUGUAUUAUACCUCAGCCUCCUUCAACUCUGCCUCCACUGUGUACUUUCCUAGGAAACAAACAACCCUCAUAUAAAGGGAUGGAGGUUAAAAAGCUUCAAAGUUGGGUCUCUCACACCACACGUUCUAUGCCUGGUAAUUGACUGGUAGCUGUAAUCUAUGGUGAAUUUGAAAAUUUGGAACUGAAGAACAGUUGUUGAAAGGUUUUGAACUACUGGGUUCAGUGGGAUUCCAGUUAUUUUGUGCUGUUUUGCUUCUUUCAGUGCCAAUCAUUGGGGAAUUCAGAAUUUCCCAACUGGUUGCAGGGUUUUGGAGUUUUGGGUCCGCUGACUUUGAUUGUUUUCUAUCAUCGGGUGCUUCUACAGAUUUGAUUUUUGGUAAAUCUGAGAAUCCGGAUUUGAAGUACUGUGAGGAGUUCUUUUUUUUUUUUUUUGCCCCCUCUUUGCUUAUGCAGCUUUGCUUCGCAGUGAAUUUGAGAAUUUGGAUGUUGGGAAGUGUCAAAUGAACAUUUUCUGAAUUGUGGUUCUGGUGGGUUUCACUUGUUUGGAAGCUCAUCAGAUGAAAUGGAUAGUAAUGGGAUUGCUCAUUCGCCAAAAGUUAUAGAAGAGGAGGGUAGUAGUAGCCAAGAGGUGCAGAAGGGUUUUGGCCAGACUUUUCAUGUUGAUGCAUCAGUGGAAUUGGAAAACAAGUCUGUGAAUGAACAAUUCGAUGCUGGUAUAUUCAAUGGGACAGAGGAGGAGAUGAUAAGUGCAUUGGUAGUUGGCAGUAAGUCUAAGAAUGAACAAUUUGAUGCUGGUUCUUUUGACGGGGCAGAUGCUCAGAAGAUAAGUUCUCCUGUGGCGGGAAAAAAGUAUUUAGGUGAGCAUUCGGAUGUAGGUUCUCCUGAUGGGGUGGAUUAUCGAAGGACAAAUUCGUUGCAGCAGUCAUCGGUCUUAGAGAUUUCUCCAUCAAAGGAUCCGUUUGUUACUCCUCCACGUCAGGCUCAGAAGAGCUUGGACCAUUGCAUCACUGCACCUGUGGGAACUCGCAAAACUCUCUUUCUUGAAAGCCAUGAGGUAGCAUUUUCUAGAUCCAUGACCGAUAAGAGGGAGUUCCCAAGGCCUGACCUAAAAUUGGAUAGAUUGUCAGAGCUAGCAAAGAAAAAUCUCAUUGCGAACCUGGUAAAGAUUCAAAAUGAUGGGACAGUGGAGGUUGAUCUAACUAAGAGUGCACCUGUAGCUUCAGAAUUGUUACAGCUUCAGUCUAUUGAAGGUCUACCUAGUAAUAUUGAUUGCGUCACCGCUGAGCUCAAUAAAUCUGUUCCAAAAUUGAAAAUUGCAAUAAUUGUGGUUGGAACAAGAGGAGAUGUUCAGCCUUUUCUGGCUGUGGCAAGGAGACUUCAGGAGUUUGGUCAUCAUGUUAGGUUGGCAACUCAUGUUAACUUCUCUACUUUCGUAAAGUCAGCUGGUAUAGACUUCUACCCUUUGGGUGGUGAUCCUCGGGUUUUGGCAGGAUAUAUGGCCAGGAACAAAGGUUUAAUUCCAUCUGCACCAGGAGAAAUAUCUAUACAGAGAAAGCAACUAAAGGCCAUUAUCGAAUCUCUUUUACCGGCAUGCACUGAACCAGAUGUAGAUACGGGUGAGCCUUUUAGAGCUCAGGCAAUUAUUGCAAAUCCUCCCGCUUAUGGGCAUGCACAUGUUGCCGAAGCUCUUGCUGUACCCCUUCACAUUUUCUUCACAAUGCCCUGGACGCCAACUUAUGAAUUUCCCCAUCCAUUGGCACGCGUACCCCAAAGCGCUGGUUAUUGGCUUUCAUAUAUAGUCGUCGAUUUACUGAUAUGGUGGGGCAUAAGGGGAUAUAUCAAUGACUUCAGGAAAAGGAAUUUGAAACUUGCUCCUAUUGCAUACUUUAGCUUGUACCGUGGGUCAGUAUCUCAUUUGCCAACAGCCUAUAUGUGGAGUCCUCAUGUUAUGCCAAAGCCAAGUGAUUGGGGCCCCCAAGUCGAUGUUGUUGGUUAUUGUUUCCUAAACCUUGGGUCAAAAUAUCAACCUCCUGAGGAGUUUGUUCAAUGGAUUCAAAAAGGACCUCAACCUAUUUAUAUUGGGUUUGGGAGCAUGCCUCUUGAAGAUCCCAAGAAAACUACGGAUAUUAUUUUGGAGGCAUUGAAGAAUACAGGACAAAGGGGAAUAAUUUGUCGAGGUUGGGGGGACCUUGGUACACUUCCAGAAGUUUCUGACAGUGUUUUCCCUCUAGAGGAUUGCCCUCAUGAUUGGCUGUUCCCUCAAUGUUUGGCUGUGGUACAUCAUGGCGGUGCUGGAACCACAGCUACAGGACUAAGGGCUGGGUGUCCGACAACCAUAGUCCCAUUCUUUGGAGAUCAGUUCUUUUGGGGUGAGAGAAUUUAUGAAAAAGGACUGGGACCAGCUCCAAUCCCUAUAGCUCAGUUCAAUGUUGAAUCCCUGUCAGAUGCUGUACAAUUCAUGCUUCAGCCAGAGGUGAAAUCUCGAGCAAUGGAAAUAGCGAAGUUGAUAGAGAAUGAAGAUGGCGUAGCAGCUGCUGUUGAUGCGUUUCACCGGCAUUUGCCUUCAGAGCUACCGUUGCCAAGGUCAUUUCCACAGGAAGAUGACCAACCAAACCCUUUACAGUGGUUCUUUAUUCAAAUUGGGAAUUUAUGUUGUCUUCUUUGUGGUUCAUAGGAUUUUUCUGCAGUAAGUAACUUACAGUGCCGUAUAGUUGUGCUUCAUUUUUAGGUUAUUGUUUGAUUUUAUUUCAACUUCUUAUUCAUUUCAUUCAUGGCUCCUCUUUAUGGGUUAGGAAAUAAUUUCAUGUACGCUUGUACACAAAGAAUAGGGUUCUUUUGUAAUGUUUGAGGGUAUAGAACUGGUAAAUUAGGCUUGGUUUGUUGAUUCGAGUCAUGGGUUUUAUACAAGUUGUUGUCAUUUGGCUUGGAAUUUUGUAUUAACCUGGAUCUUUUUUUUGAGGAAUAUAUUGAAUUGUGGGUUUAUUAUUCAUUA